AUGGCAAUCCGGAACGUGGCUCUCGUCGGCGCCAAUGGCAACCUUGGCGGUCCCAUUCUGGAUGCCCUGAUCGCCUCAAAGGCCUUUAUCAUUACCGUCCUCCAGCGGGCAUCAUCCGGGUCAAACCCCACCUCGGACCCUAGCGUGCGCGUCGUCUCCGUGGACAAUGACAUGACAUACGAGAGUCUCGUCGACGGCCUGCAGGGCCAAGAUGCCUGCAUAGCCAGCUUUCCACUCAGGGACACUAGCCAGCACCUCCGGCUAGCUGACGCUGCAGCGGCUGCUGGCGUGAAGCGCUUCAUCCCCGCGGACUACGGCAGUUGCGACUCGAGCAGUAAGCGAGCUCAGGAACUCGUGCCUCUUUUUCUAAACAAAGUACGGGUGCGGGAGCGUUUACAGGAGCAUGCGGCCAGAACCCCCAGCUUCACUUGGACGAGUCUGGUGGCCGGCCACUUCUUCGACUGGGGCUUGAAAGAGAACUUUCUGCAUUUUGACCUGAAGGCCAAGACUGUCGACAUCCUGGACGACGGGACUCGCAGGAGCUCCACCUCGACUCUUGUGCGGAUCGCCCAUGCUGUGGCCAAAGUGCUCACAGAUGAGCAGGUAGGUCGCAACAAGACGCUCUUCAUACAGAGCUUCUGCGUCUCGCAGCUCGACGUGCUCGCGUCACUCGAAAAGACCACCGGCGAGAAGUGGAGAGUCAACUGGCUCAAGUCGGAUGACUUCAUCCGGGAGAACAAGGCCAAGGCCGACGCUGGGGAGAGGGCGGCGAUUGAGCACCUCGUCUGGGCACUCGGGGUCGUGGACGGCGACUGGGAGAAGAAGGAUGGGUUUGCCAUGGAAGCGCUCGGGCUUCAGAAUGAGGACCUGGAUGAGGCAGUCAAAAGUGUCGUUUCCAAGAUCCCUUAA